AACACCCAUAAACAACCUUCCCUUCCUUCUCUUCCAGUGCGUCCCAAUAUUUCUCCAUCGUUUUCGCUUUUCUUUCUUACCCAAACACAUCCUAAAAAUUCUAGACAAUAAAUAAAUAAAAUAAAUAAAAAUCAUAGAGGAAAACAGACCAUCUCUAGUACCUGUAAUGGAGAAGCCCCCUCCUGAGAAAUCCGGUAGUUUCUCCGGACACAAUGUCGAGUCCCAUCCACCGGAGUCAGAGGCUGAAGGAGAACUUGAGGAUAGGGAAAAUGCGAAGGAGUCUUCCUCCAUUUCCGAUUCAGCCCUACCUCAAGUUUCUCAGGACAUUGAUGGGUUUCUCUCCCAUCUGUCUCUUCAUGACGACAAAUCUAACCCUCCGGACGUGCCGGAUUCGGUUGAGGUGUUUUGUAAGCUGGUGGAGGCAAUGAUCGGAAACUACGAUUCCGGUGAUAGUUCUGCGAGGUUUGGUCAAGUUCCAGAGGAAGAUACAGCGUUUGUAGAGUCGGUGGGGCGAAUUUCUAAGCUGAUGAAUGCUCUGCGUGGUUUCCCGGUGGAGUCGCCCGCUGCAGCAAUGUACGGACGUUCCGGGAGUGUUCUGCAACGAGCAAUGUCGUUCCUGGAGGAUGAGCUCCGGACACUUCUAGAAGAUUCUAGAAGCCAUAUUUCCGAUUCUAAGAGUUUGAAGACGAAGCAUCCGUCGUUCAACUCCAAAGAAGAUCACGAUCGGUGUCCGCUGCCUGAAUCUGAGUCCACCGGCGAUGAUGAGUAUCCGGCGUACCCGCCGGAGGUCGUCGCCAGCAUGAAGAAAAUUGCGAUGGCCAUGAUCUCCGCAGGGUACGAGACAGAGUGUUGCCAGGUUUUCAGCAUUCUCAGGCGUAACGCGUUCAAGGAGGCAAUCAACAAGCUGGGGUUUGACAGUAUCAGCAUCGACGAUGUGCAGAAGAUGCACUGGGAAACUCUGGAAGGAGAGAUUGCGAAAUGGAUCAAAGUCGUGAAGCACUGCUCCCUCAUCCUCUUCCCCGGCGAACGGCGAUUCGCUGAAUCGGUCUUCGAGGACUAUCCAGAGAUAUUCAGCAGCCAAUUCAGCAACCUAGCACGUGCUACCGUGAUACAUUUCCUCAAUUUCGCAGAAGCGGUGGCAAUGACGAAGCGAUCGGCAGAGAAGCUGUUCAAAUUCCUGGACAUGUACGAGUCCUUGCGAGAUCUGGUUCCGGCCAUCAGCAGCCCGACCUCCGACGACAACGGACACGAACUCAAAUCGGAGACAAUGACGGCCGGAAGCCGCCUCGGGGAAGCCGCAGUGAGCAUUUUCUGCGAUCUGGAGAACUCAAUCAAAAGCGACGUCAGCAAAACUCCUGUCCCAAGCGGUGCAGUUCACCCCCUGACUCGCUACACCAUGAACUACCUGAAAUACGCCUGCGAGUACAAAGACACCUUGGAAGAAGUCUUCCAACAGCACCAGAAAAUCGAGCGCACCGACGAAGCAGGUUCCGACGUCGAUGAGCGGUCCAGCCAAAACAACUCCCGACUGCCGGUGAAGCAAACGCCAUUCGCAACACAGCUAAUCGCAGUGAUGGACCUCCUGGACUCGAAUCUCGACACCAAAUCCAAGCUCUACAAAGACAUGUCACUGCGCUACAUUUUCCUGAUGAACAAUGGCAGGUACAUUCUCCAAAAGAUCAAAGGCUCAUCAGAGAUCCACGAGGUGAUGGGAGACACCUGGUGCCGGAGGCGAUCUUCGGAUCUGAGGCAGUACCACAAGAACUACCAGAGAGAGACGUGGAGCAAAGUGUUGCAGUGCUUGAGAGACGAAGGCCUACAAGUGAACGGAAAAGUGAACAAGCCAGUGCUGAAGGAGAGGUUCAAGACCUUCAACACCUUGUUUGAUGAGAUCCACAAGACUCAAAGCACUUGGGUGGUGAGCGACGAGCAGCUUCAGUCGGAGCUUCGAGUGUCCAUCUCUGCAGUGAUGAUUCCAGCUUACCGAUCAUUCCUAGCGCGGUUCAGCCAGUACUUGGACUCCGGGCGGCAGACAGAGAAAUACGUAAAGUAUCAACCAGACGAUAUCGAGACCUCCAUUGAUGAAUUGUUUGAUGGAAACCCUACAUCGAUGACAAGGAAGAGAACAUGAUGGAUCAUGCUUAUUAACAUCAGUAACAUUGAAGGACAAGAUGGAUUAUACACAGAGAGCAGGAGAUUAUACAUGUUGCGAGGCGGUGGUGGUGGUGGUGGUGGGGUUUCUGCGUUUCAUUUCAUAUUUAUCGUGCUGCUUUUCGUUUCGAAUUUAAUGCGAUGGCUCCUCUCCGAUGAAGGAUAUAUAGGAGGGCUUUACUAUUGAGAGCACCCAUUGUCCGUACAAGGUACUGUCAUAUAGCAAAUUUUGGAAUUCCGCACAUUAAUUAUUUAGAAAUAAUGUUUUUUUAUAACAAAUUAAAUAAGCAUCAAAAGGGGAAAACAAUUGAUUUUCUUCCAAAAAAAAAAAAUUGUAAAAAAGAAGUGAAGUAAAGAAAUAUGAUGGGGCAUGUCUUGGAAUCAUUUAUUCAGGACUCUGCGUUGUGUCAUUAACUUGUAAUUGGAGAGGAACCAGAUGUGAGAAGAUGUAUGUAAACUCUGAAGUCUAAACUCUAUUUGAUUUUGAUAAUUUUGUUGAUAUUACAGGAAACUUUGAAA